UUGGGAUCAAUUGAAGUGACGCUCACUUGUGGUGACCAUCACUACCACCACAACCGCCGACUCAUACGAUGACUACUCUUCAGAAACAACGCGACACUGAAACGCGGUCACAACAGCAACAGCUGUUCCCUCUGUCUGUGGUGUCGGAACAGAUGUCACUGAAUUACAUGAAACGCCUGACAGCUGUGGCCAUCAGUAAUAUCCUAUACCUGAGGAAUGUGUUCACCGAAGACUGUUAUGGACACCGAAAACUGGAUCACUUGAAGCUCAGGAUUCUGACCGAAAAGUGUCAGACAGUGGGCGCCAAACAGAUUGUCCAUUGGGUUAAAGGCUGUUUCGACGCAAUGGAGAAGAAGUACUUAAAACAACUGACUUUAGGCGUCUUCACCGACCCGUCGGCGCCCGAAGAGCUCAUCGAAGCCUAUACUCUGAGAUACAGUUACGACACAAACAAUAAACUCAAUUGCGAUCUCUCUGUGACCAAAGACAAGACCGAACGCGUGGUUUGCGAACAGACUCUGAACCAAGAGUUGAGACAAUCGACGGUUCAGUUGUUGCGGUCGCUGUUAGUGAUGAUCCAAUCGCUGGACAGACUUCCGGCCGACUGUUACCUAACGAUGAAACUCAUGUAUUACGACGACAUCACUCCCAAAGACUACGAACCGCCGGGUUUUGUGGCCGCAGAGCGCGACUCAUUCACAUUCAAUGGCAAACCCAUUAGCAUUACUGCCGGACAAGUGGUCACUCCCUAUCACUCACUCAAAGUGAAGAUUCGCACAAAUCAGGGACAGUUCCAGGACUGGGCCUCUACUCCCGAUUCAGACACUUACGAAACGCAGCCCAAGAGUCAGGAACUCAUUGAUGAUCCACCGCUCGUUCCCAUUGAAGACCCAAUCGUUGAGAUACACGACAAACAGUGGACCAAAAGUGGUGACAAUACGCGCCAUAAAAGUGGCACCAAAUCUACGAUAACAGAGACUUCAAAAGUGAACGACAAAUCGGCGACCAAUGAGUUGAGCGAUUGGUUACAGACAAUGGCUCCGCAGACAUCGUCGUCGCGUCCGAAGUGUAGGCCAGAGAACAGCGAAACGAAAGUGAUCUCCAAAAUCAAAGAGCUGUCAGUGGAUGAGGUCUCGGAUACCCAUAAACGCAAACUAGACUUCGAGGUCACACAGGACUCGAUGUUUAACGCAAUGGCAAACAGCGGUGACAAGCGUUUCAAAGUGAGUCAAUCGGGCAAAAAGCUGUCGAUCGCCACCAAAAGCUAUAAAAAACCACUCGAUUUCUUAUAAAUUAGAUAAUUAUUUCCAAAACACUAUUUAUUU